AUGUUCAUCCAUUUGUUCGCGGUUUUACCAAUAGUUGAGGUAUUACCGGUAAAAGAUGAAGUAAAAGACCAUUGUAAGGGUGGGAUUGAGAAGAAAGAACUGCAAAAGUUGGGUUUACCUGGCUAUGGAUGGAAAAUCAAAGCACUGAGCUCGAUUAACAGGCACUUCGAAGGAAUUGAUAUUAAGUACUGCCCACAAGCGGAGGGAUUGGCCAAACGUUGUUUAAAAUAUGACAUCGACGAUCCAACAGUCAAUCGUGAGCUCUGUAGGCCAUUCUCUUAUACACCUAGCAAACAUUCUGGUACUCCAGUAAAAAGAAAAGACAUCGCUUUUUUACUUGGACCAGAAUAUGACAAGUAUUGUUAUGAUCCGUUGAUAUACAGGAGAAACCGUCUUAUGUAUCAUGUGCCAGGGACCGUCUUUACAAAAGUCAUGUAUAUUCCUGCGUCUUCAAGGACGAAGUCAGCUCAGUUAGAAUCCUAA